AGUGGGGCGGAGGAGCCGCCGCCAUUUCGGAGCGGCCGCGGGGCAGCGCUGAGGGGCGGCCAUGGAGCCCGCAGCCCGCCCGGGCGGCGGCGGCGGCGCCGCGGGGCAGUCCCGCGAGUACAAGCUCGUGAUGCUGGGCGCGGGAGGCGUCGGCAAGAGCGGUGAGUGCGGGGCUCUGAUGAGUUUUGUGCUUGUAUCCCAAUUUUUUGGGGCUGCAGAGGAUGCCUAUAAAAUCCGGAUCCGCAUCGACGACGAGCCUGCCAACCUGGAUAUUUUGGACACAGCAGGACAGGCAGAGUUCACAGCCAUGAGGGACCAGUACAUGAGGGCAGGGGAAGGUUUCAUCAUCUGCUACUCCAUCACGGACCGGCGCAGCUUCCACGAGGUGCGCGAGUUCAAGCAGCUCAUCUACCGCGUGCGCCGCACCGACGACACCCCCGUGGUGCUGGUGGGCAACAAGUCUGACCUGAGCCAGCUGCGCCAGGUGUCCAAGGAGGAAGGCUGUGCCCUGGCCAGGGAGUUCAGCUGCCCCUUCUUCGAGACGUCGGCCGCCUUCCGCUUCUUCAUCGACGACGUGUUCCACGCGCUGGUGCGCGAGAUCCGCCGCAAGGACAGGGAGGCCGUGGUGGCCCUGGAGAGGAAGUCCAAGCCCAAAAGCAGCGUCUGGAAAAGACUCAAGUCCCCCUUCAGGAGGAAGAAGGAUUCAGUCACUUGAAGAGGAAAUUGCUCUGCAGAUCAGGACAAAAGCUGUGACCUUGGGUGGCACCGAGGGGGCUCUGGGGGGCACUGCCUGGCCCUGCCGGUUGUUUUUGUUUAGAACCGUGUUGCCUUGAUUCUGGGGGUUGAACUUCACACCCAGUGACAGUCGUGCUUUGUUUGUUGUCAUUUCUUCACUGCCCCCAGCCACCGAGGCCCCUGGGUCGGUGGCCCUGCACUUGGGAGAGUUUGUCCUUGUCACAGCAACCCGGGAGCUGAACUGUGCAAACACUGCUGGGGUUGGAGGCAGCCUCACUGAAUCUGUGCUUUUCCCAGCUGCAAAAGAGCAUUUUGCUGCUCAGCCCACAGUGAGAGAGGCUGAACAAAGUGUCGUGGCCUUGGGGUCCCAGAAUUUCUCGUGCCCUCGUGAUUUCUUUCCAGGAAAAUCCACGUGGAAUCCUCGUGUGCAAGUGCAUCCAAGAGAUCAGUGCUGCAGUGAGGCAGAAUCACAGAUUCCACCUGGAACAUUCCUCUGGGGUCAGUGCCCCAGGCUGCUGCACACAGCCCAGCUUGCAGCUCCUGCCUUGCCCCAAAUCCGGCUGGGAGCGGGGCCCUGCCUUCCUCAGCCCCUUCUGGGCCAUCCUGGGGCACCAGUGACUUUGGGGAGGUUUUCCAGGGAAAAUUGCUGAUCCUGAGGCUCUGGACCCAGCAGCUCCUGAGCUCAGAGCCAGGCUCCUUGUGGUGCUCCAAAAAAAGAAUUUAUUGGUGAGGCAGAUCCUCCCCACGGGGGGACUCUGUGUCCUGGAGCUGAUUUGAUUUUCUGGAUUUUCCAGCACUUUUGGGAGCAGUGCCUGGAGCUCCUCAGGAUUUUGCUGUUCAAGAUCCCAGCUGGUUCACUCAGACCUGCUUAAAAUUCAUUUCUCUGAGCCAAAUUCAGAGAAAAAUUCCAGCAAAUUUCUCUGGGAUCCUUCAGGGUGAAAGAGCUGAUCAGACUGAAGGGAUCCUCCUGAUCCCUGUCAGGUCUGGGCUGCUCUGCCAGUGCCCCCAGCCUGAAAAUCCAGGUGUGAAAGGGCUGGUAAAGGAAGUGAGGAUUAAAAAAAAUACAUAAAAUAUAUAUAUAUAUAUGUAAAAAAACCUCCUUGUUACCUAAGAUAGGGCUGGAAAUCCUGUGCCUGUCAGUUUGAAGAAUAUUUCCUUUGUGAAAAACUUCACCAAAAGAGAAGUGUGGCAUUUAAUAUUUGCUUUGUGAUGAGCUGAACCUUUAAAUUGCUUUCCAUUUCAUCUCCUGCCUGUGCCAUGCUGCUCUGGCAGCAAUCCCAGACUCAAAAAAAUGCCUUGGAAAAUUCAGAUUGAAGCAAAAAAAUGACUGAGGAGAAUUCAGAUUGUUCAGAAUUCCAGGCUCCCUGAGCAGCCAUCACUGAGGUUCUCAUUUUUGGAUUAAAAGCUGCCUAAAACUCAGAUAAAACUCUGCUAAAACUCUGCUAAAACUCUGCUAAAACUCUGCUAAAACUCAGAUAAAACUCAGAUAAAACUCAGAUAAAAGGCCAAAAGCUGCAGCAGAGGAGGAAUGAGCUGAGCAGAGGCUCUGAGGCAUUUUUGGGUCUGUCAGCUUCAGAUCCAGCCCCUGAUGCUGAUGUUGAAUUUUCCAGUUCUUUUCCUUAAAAUCCCAUCAGCUAAAGGAGCCUGGCAGGGGAAAACAAAACCAUUUCCACCCCUAAAAAAUGGGAUUUUGUGCCUUGCCCGAGUCCUGCAGUGCAGUUGAGGUGUUUACUAAUUCCUGUUGCUUCUAGAAUUCACAGAGCAGAAGAGCAGCCAGCACUUUUUUGGUUUUGUUUUGGGUUUUUUUGGGUUUUUUUUUUACACAGUGUUAUUCAAAGAGUUUUAUUUUUUGUCUUGUAUAAAUUUGUACACAGAACGAUGGUUUUAUUUGACACAAUAAAUAUAAUU